UGCAACUCCAAGCUUUAGUCUCCAACCAUAAAUAUAAUGCUUCUAGAUAUCACAUUUCGUCGUGUUCUCGGCCGCUGGAAAUCAUCCCCACUACUAGACUUAUCUUUUGAUAAUCAAAAUGUUCUCAUCACCGGCGGGACGGCAGGUCUUGGUUUGGCAGCUGCAGUACACUUCGCCAGUCAGGGUGCCCGUGUGUUUAUUACUGGCCGGACCGAAACCCGGGGAAGAGCAGCAAAGCAACACAUUGAACAAGCCGCACGGGUUGAUGGCAAGGACAGAGUUGUCUUCAUGCUUCUAGAUAUGGGCACCUAUACUUCUUGCAUGUUGUUUGUUGACGAGUUGAAGGAUAGACUCGCAACUUGUGGAGGACUAGAUGUUGCCGUUUUAAGUGCCGGAAACAUUAAUUCUAGAUUUGAAAAAAGUCCGGAAGGCUGGUAAAUGUUCCACGCUGUCUGAAAUACUACUCAUUGGAUCUAAUAUUUAACGCAGGGAGCAAACAAUACAAGUCAAUACAUUGAGCACAACUCUGCUCGGGCUCCUCCUCUUAGCGUGGAUGAAAAGCGAGAGACCACGUCGAGAAUAUCCAGCGCAUCUAGUUUUUGUUACUUCACGAGACCAUCUCUAUCCCAACAUCAAGAAUUGGCCAACAUGGGCUGAGCAGGGCGGAAUUUUGAGUCAUCUUAACAGCAAAGAGAACUGGCCCGACCUGUGGAAGACGACUCUGCCAAAUUACGCCAAUUGCAAAUUGCUGGUGAUGUAUGCGAUCGCUGAACUCUCGAAGCAGGCACUUGACUUGAAUAGCGAGUAAGUGGUUCUUUCUAUCAUUGACUAUGGAGUAUUCCUAAGUACGCUCCUCAGCACCAACACACGCGGUUCUAAUUUAUGUAGACCUCAAGUCAUCGUGAGGAGUGUGUGUCCAGGUAUAGUCAAGACAGAUAUUGGUCGUAGCGUUCAAAGCAGAUCCAUGCUCCUUAAGAUUGUGGGACAAGUAUACUUCAAAAUUUUGGGCAAAUCGCCAGACCACGGUGCAAGAGAAUUUGUUAGAGCUGCCUUGAGUUCCAAGAAUGAGCAUGUAGGUACUCCCCAGAUACUGUGACUCAGUUAGGCCACAUCUUUCUGACGUUGCAAACUUUACAGGGCAAGUUCUCUAUGACCUGGUUGUCCAGCGAAGGCUACCGCAAGUAUGUGCAUCCUCAAGUUUCAUCUCAUUGGCUUGAUUUUGUGCUAACAUCCAGUCCAGAAAAGCUAUUCCAAACAUGACGAGCCAGGCAGGAAGGAAAGUGCAAGCUAUAGUCUGGAGUGAGAUCAUUGCUGAGUUGACGGCUAAGGUUCCCAGUUUACAUCACGAUGAGGUGACACAAAGAGGUGAAAAUGUCCAAUGAUGUGUUUUCUUUACGGUGAGGAAUGUGUGUGCGUGGAGCUAACUCCAAGGCUGCAUAGGUACUGUACUUAGACUAGAAAUUCUAAUUUUGAAAUUGUUCCUGCCGCUG